CUUGUUACUAGUAGCUUCUUGCCACUAGUAGCGAUGAACUUGUUAUUGUUACUAAUAGCGAUGCCCUUUGCUAGUUAGUAGCGAUGCAUCUUGAACUUUUGAUCUCCUCAGCCUAUCUUGGCUUCAUCUGAACGGCCCGUUUCAGCUAGCGAUGGCGGGCCUCGGCCGCUCCGCCAGCAGCGGCGCCCUGGUCAAUGCGGGCGCUGCGCAGAUGACGCACGUGCCAAAACGGGCGACGCAGCACGCUCUUUUCUUGGCCUCCUGGGAGGUGGCGCCGCCAUGCCUAAAGCCCGGGCAAGCCACCGCGGGGAGCCGCGCAGUCUACUCCGAGGAGGCACCAGACCCGAAGACGACCUACGUGGCGGAGCGUUUGCCGCCCAAGUCGAUGUACGGAGAGACGGUCUCGGAGCUGACCGUGAUUGAGGACUACAAGAAUCCCACACAGCCCAUCCGGCAGAAAGAACCGUCAGCGAGCUCCGUGGGACAUCGAGGCGCAGCGCAUUGGUCCUCGACCUAUAAGACCUCACACGAUGACAAUGCAAUCGUUGGGUCCGCAUAUCAUAGGCAGACAGGUCCCUCCUACCAAGCAGCGAAUCCUCCCACCUGCAUCGGUGGAGCAGGAUCGAUGAGUGCUAUGAGCGAGGAUUUUGGGGUGUACGGAUCAGAUCCACGUGACAAGGUGGACCCCUUGCUGGACCGGAUCCCCAUUCGCAAGACCGCUUUGACCAAAGGCACACCCAAGGGCACUCUGCACAUUCCAGGCUAUAACGGCUUUUUGCCCACCAACACCCGGAACCCUUACUGCGCGCGGGUGGAGAGUGGUGCCACCGCCCGCACCAAUGACAAGUCCCACAUCACGGAUCAGUAUCACAUCAACACCUUGCACUACGCGGGACACGUGCCGCUGAGCGUGACCAACGACGUGGGUCCCAUGAAUCCAGGCAACCGCUCGACGAUGAGCCGCAGCUUCCGAGCACCGAACUUGAGCGCCUUCGACUGAGCGAGCGCUGUAGCUGUAGCGCGAGUCAGACUGGGCCUGAGCUGCAGGAAGUGAGCGAAGGCAGACGUUCACAGCGAACGUCAGAUCCCCUCUCAUGCGGACUGGCUAACAACCAGGAGGCCGUCUGACAGUAUACGGAGCUGCAGUGUGUUCCCCUGAAGCCCGCUCCAAGGGAGGGAGUUGAGUCAGAUUUGAGGCGUAUCCGAACGACUUCCUUUACAUGACGUUGC